AUGCUUGAAAGCGAUCCCGAGGAAAGCUCGGUCGAUCCGGAAGAGCAAAAUCAACGGAAUGGAGUCAGAUAUCGAAAGGGUAAACGCGUGAAAACGGUGGGCGAUCAAGAAGGAUUGGCCGUUCAUCUCAUCCCCAUCACACAACACAACGAACAAGAAGAAGAAACGGAUGAAGAAGAAGAAAAAGAGCGAGAGAUGCAAAGACAAAUCCUGCCGCCCGAUGUCUACAAACGGGCCUCGAAUGCAUCGGAAUCAAAAGAGAAAAAAGAUUCUCACUCUAUGAAAGAUUUGCCCGUUCCCGAAACGAGAAAUCGUCUAUCCGCUGAUUUUGUGCCCCAAAAUUUGAUGUCUUUUGACUCUGGGAACUCCCCAAGGGAAGAGUUUCGUCCCGUUUCCCCACAACAGAAUUCCUCUUUUGAAAGAAUACUCGAUGAUUAUGAU